AUGGCUGGCGAGGGGAAGCGGGCAGCGGCGGAGCCUGGCCGGGGCCUCCUGGCGCAGGCCCGCAAGGUGCAGGCCGCCGGGGGCCGCGCCGUUGCCGUGGGCCCCCCGCUGCCGGCGCCGAGGCGGGCGCCCGCCCGGCAGGGGCCCGCGGCUGGAAGUACGCUCGACGCGCAGAGGCAGUCCGGGCAAUUCCCAGUCCCGGACACUCUCCAGCCUGGGAGCCAGCUCCAGCUCCGGCUCCGCCUCCAGGCCACAGCGCCCGAGCCGAUGACGGUCGUUGCUGAGGACGGCACGGGGGCAGUCGCGAACGAGAGUGGCGUUGAGGACGUGGAGGACGCCUCGGCCUCCCCCCAGGAGAACGCCUCAGAGGUCGUUGCUGAGGACGGCACGGGGGCAGUCGCGAACGAGAGUGGCGUUGAGGACGUGGAGGACGCCUCGGCCUCCCCCCAGGAGAACGCCUCAGAGGUCGUUGUCGAGGACGGCACAGAGGCCGUCGCGAACGAGAGUGGCGUUGAGGACGUGGAGAACGCCUCGGCCUCCCCCCAGGAGAACGCCUCAGAGGUCGUUGUCGAGGACGGCACAGAGGCAGUCGCGAACGAGAGUGGCGUUGUGGACGUGGAGAACGCCUCGGCCUCCCCCCAGGAGAACGCCUCAGAGGUUGUUGUCGAGGACGGCACGGGGGCAGUCGCGAACGAGAGUGGCGUUGAGGACGAGAAGAACGCUUCGGCCUCCCCCGAGGAGAACGUCUCAGAGGUCGUUGUCGAGGACGGCACAGAGGCCGUCGCGAACGAGAGUGGCGUUGUGGACGUGGAGAACGCCUCGGCCUCCCCCCAGGAGAACGCCUCAGAGGUUGUUGUCGAGGACGGCACGGGGGCAGUCGCGAACGAGAGUGGCGUUGAGGACGAGAAGAACGCCUCGGCCUCCCCCGAGGAGAACGCCUCAGAGGUCGUUGUCGAGGACGGCACGGGGGCAGUCGCGAACGAGAGUGGCGUUGAGGACGAGAAGAACGCCUCGGCCUCCCCCGAGGAGAACGCCUCAGAGGUCGUUGUUGAGGAGAACGCCUCAGAGGUCGGUGUCGAGGAUGGCGCGGAGGCGGUCGCGAACGAGACUGGCGUGGAGAACGAGUCGUCCGUCCCCGCGGAGAACGCCUCGGAUGUCGGUGCCGAGGACGGCGCGGAAGCGGUCGCGAACGAGACUGGCGUCGAGAACGAGUCGUCCGUCCCCGCGGAGAACGCCUCAGAGGUCGGUGUCGAGGACGGCGCGGAAGCGGUCACGAACGAGUCUGGCGUCGAGAACGAGUCGUCCGUCCCCGCGGAGAACGCCUCGGAGGUCGGUGUCGAGGACGGCGGAGGGGCGGUCGCCAACGAAAGCGGCGUCGAGAACGAGUCGUCCGUCCCCGCGGAGAACGUCUCGGAGGUCGGUGUCGAGGACGGCGCGGGGGCGGUCGCCAACGAGAGUGGCGUUGCCGGUGAGAACGCCACCGAGAACGCCUCAGAGAUCGGUGUCGAGGACGAUGUAGAGGUGGUCGCCAACGAGAGCGGCGUCGAGAACGAGUCGUUCGUCCCCGCGGAGAACGCCUCAGAAGUCGGUGUCGAGGACGGCGCGGGGGCAGUCGCGAACGAGAGUGGCGUUGGUGGUGAGAACGCCACCGAGAACGCCUCGGAGGUCGGUGUCGAGGACGGCGUAGGGGCGGUCGCCAACGAAAGCGGCGUCGAGAACGAGUCGUCCGUCCCCGCGGAGAACGCCUCAGAGGUUGGUGUCGAGGACGGCGCGGGGGCAGUGGUCGCCAACGAGAGUGGCGUUGGUGAUGAGAACGCCACCGAGAACGCCUCAGAGGUCGGUGUCGAGGACGGCGUAGAGGCGGUUGCGAACGAGAGUGGCGUUGCCGGUGAGAACGCCACCGAGAAUGCCUCAGAGGUCGGUGUCGAGGACGGCGCGGGGGCAGUCGCCAACGAGAGUGGCGUUGGUGGUGAGAACGCCACCGAGAACGCCUCAGAGGUUGGUGUCGAGGACGGCGCGGGGGCAGUGUCGAACCAGAGUGACGUUGCCGGUGAGAACGCAACGGACAACGCCUCAGAGGUCGGUGUCGAGGACGGCGCGGGUGCCGUCGCCAACGAGAGCGGCGUGGAGAAUGAGUCGGCCUUUGCCGGGGAGAACCUCACGGAGAACGCCUCAGAAGUGGUUGCCGAGGACGGUGGGGGGGCAGUCGCGAACGAGAGCGGCGUCGAGAACGCGUCGGCCUCUCCCGCGGAGAACGCCACCGACAACGCCUCAGAGGUCGGCGUCGAGGAUAACAAGACUGCGGACGACUACUACGCGGUGCCCGACAAUUCGACGGGAGACAACGAGUCUCUCCACAACGUGUCAGAUGUCUUCGACAAUGUUAGCACUUCUUAUGAAAAUGCUUCUUCAGACGUCAACAUGAGCAUUGUUGAAAAGAACGCCAGCGUGGAAGACGUGACCAUACCUGCAGGGAAUGACACAGAUACCAACGUGAGCAUGAACAACGUGUCAGAUGCAUUCGACAAUGCGAGUAGUCUUGAGGACAAUGCGACAGAGGAAGUCAUUGGUUUGAACGAAUCAGACAUCAAUUUGACUAACAUGUCGGAUGCGAGCUUUGUGGAAGAUAAUGCCAGCGUAGAAGACACUGCCUCGAACGAUACCAACACGUCUGUUGCAGAAAACGGAACCGUCCCCAAGUCCGCAGAUGACAAUGCUUCUUCUGAUAACGUGAGCACGUACAACGUGUCAGAUGCAUUCGAGAAUGCGAGCAGUCUUGAUGACAACUCUACAGAAGAAAGCACUGCUUUGAACGAGUCUGUCAUCAACUUUACCAACAUGUCGGAUGAGGACUAUCAGGAAGAGAACGCCAGUAUGGAAGGCAGUGGCACGAACGAUACAAACAUGUCUGCUGCGGAAAAUGAGACACUUGACAUCUUCUCACCCGGCCCAAAUGCAUCAGACCAAAACAUUUCAGAUGCCAACGUGAGCAUGUACAACGAGUCGGAUGUAUUUGAUAAUGCGAGCAGUUUUGAGGACAACGCGACAGGGCAAGGCACUGGAGUCAACGAGUCAGUCGCAAACUUGACCAACAUUUCGGAUGACAUCUUUGUGGAAGAGAACGCAAGCGUGGAAGGCGUUGGCGCGAACGAUAGCAACAUGUCUGGUGCUGAUAAUCUCACUGGUGACUCGAAUGCUACUGACGCAAGUGUCGCAAACUUGACGGAGCAAAAUACCUCAGAUGCCAACGUGAACAUGAGCAAUGUUUCAUAUGAAUUCGACAAUGCGAGCAGUAUUGAGGACAACGCGACGGGCGAUAACAUGGGUUUGAACGAAUCAGCCACUAAUUUCACUAACACGUCGGAUGCGAGCUUUCUGGAAGAGAAUGCCAGCGUGGAAGGCGUCGACUCGAACGAUACCAACGUGACUGCGGUAGAAAACCUAACCGUUGACAACUUUACUGCUGACUCGAAUGCCUCUGACGUAAGUUUCGAGAACUUGACGGAACCAAAUAUUUCAGACGCUAACGUCAGUAUGUACAAUGGGUCGGACGCUUAUGAAAAUGCAAGUUAUCUUGAUAUUAAUGCGACUGGGGACGAUGUCGUCAACUUAUCAGAUGUAGAUAACUAUUCUAGACGCAACGCCACAGUUGACGCCAAUGUCUCGGGCGGAGAGUACGGGAACACGACAGAAGAGAAUGUUUCAGAUUCCAACCAAUCCGCGUACAAUGUCUCGGACACAUUCGACAAUGCGAGUAUUCCAGAUAAUAACGCGACGGGGCAAGACAUGGCCUUGAAUGAAUCGGAGGGAAAUUUCACCAAUGUGUCAGAUACAGUCAAUGAGACCAUUGAGAAUACCAGUGCGGACUCUAAUGUAUCCGUUGUAGACCUUGAGAAUUCGACAUUCGAUAACGCCUCGGAUGCCAAUCUGUCCACUGACAACGUCUCGGAUAUUUCGGACAAUGCCAGCAUUCUGGAUGAUAAUGCGUCCGGAGAAGCUUUCAGCAAUAUCACCAACAUGUCAGAAGCAGUCAAUGAGACCAGUGACAAUAUUUCGGCAGACUCUAAUGCUUCAAGUGCGGAUUCGGGGAAUUCAAGCGACGAUACCAACGCGACCAUGUUCAAUGCGUCGGACGUUAAUGAAAGCAUUCUGGAUGGCAAUGAGACUGGGGAGGUGAACAUCUCGGAUGGUAAUCUCACACUGAGGAGGUGA